CACCACUGGAACGAGGCGGCGCUGCUUGCUCCAUGACCAGCGCGCGCGCCACGCCAGACUCGCCGUAACCUGCCGCCAUGUCGCUAUCGCUUUACCGCCGCAUCCUCCGCGUGGCGAGGACAUGGGAAGGCGGCGCUGUGGAGCAAGAUUGGAUCCGCGCCGAGGCCAGGAGACGCUUUGAGGAGAACCGGUCGCUGAGGGAUCCCACCGCGAUCGAGGAAGCUGUGCGCCAGGGCCACAACCAGGUGGACGUGGCGCUGCACUACAAGAUCUGCUACCCGCGGCCGCAGUACGUGGAUCCGGGCACGAUGGGCGGCGAGAGCGACUUCCGUCGCCAGUCGUCGCGCGCCAACACGCGGCUCGGCCGCCUGCACAAGAGCAAGGUGCAGAGCCAAUUCCGCCGCGGACGUUAAGUGAAGAAGAGGAAGUUGGUGGGAGUGAAUAAAUAUGAGAAAACUCGUCGUGGCAGUUGGAAUUC